UCUCUUAGCACUUGGACACAACAAUAAGGAAGAAAUAAGAGAGAAGCAGCUGCGUCUCUCUUCCUCCCUCCCACCAUGGAGCUCUGAACCCUAACCCUAAGCCUGGCCUCGCGCGCUUCCCCUGUCUUUCCUUGAGCUCACAGUCUCCGGCGCUUUCCUCCCGUGUUUCUCGCCGUCGGCGCCGGAGGCGGUGUCGGCGAAGGAAGGCGAUAGAGAGAAAGAGAGAGGGGACGAUGGAGAACCAUAAGAAGUCGACGCUGAGGCUCCGGCUCCGGGUGACGGCGAGGAAGAAAGGGAGGGAGUUGAUUCCUGGGGAGUGCUCGGACCGGAAGCGCCGGGAGCGGGAGUGCCCCAACUCCGUCAGGAAGCUCCAGCGCCGCGAGAUCGGCGGGUUCCCUCGGUUGGCCCGCGGCACCGCGACUGGCGCACCUGAGAAGUUUCGGAAUAUCCAGCUCCAGGAAGAGUUUGACACCUAUGAUCACAACGUCCAUUGGUUUCUGAAAUUACAAUUUCUGAAGAAGAGGUCAAAAAUUAUUGAGAUUGUUGCUGCAAAAGAUGUAAUAUUUGCUCUUGCUCAAUCAGGUCUUUGUGCCGCUUUUAGUAGAACAACAAACAAAAGAAUAUGCUUCUUGAACAUAAGCCCUGAUGAAGUGAUUAGAAGCUUAUUUUAUAACAAGAAUAAUGAUUCUCUUAUCACGGUGUCUGUUUAUGCAUCAGAUCAUUUCAGUUCCUUGAAAUGCAGGACAACUCCAAUAGAAUAUAUCAGGAGAAAUCAGUUAGAUGCUGGGUAUCCUCUUUUUGAAUCUGAAUCCCUGAAAUGGCCUGGUUUUGUCGAAUUUGAUGAUGUGAAUGGCAAAGUACUGACCUAUUCAGCCCAGGAUGGCACUUACAAAGUUUUUGACCUGAAAAACUAUUCAUUUCUGUACUCCAUAUGCGACAAGGAUAUACAGGAGAUCAAAAUAAGCCCUGGCAUCAUGCUGCUGAUAUACCAAAGAACUCAGAGCCAUGUACCAUUAAAAAUACUGUCAAUUGAAGAUGGAAAAGUUUUGAAAUCUUUUAAUCACUUGUUACAUCGCAACAAGAAGGUCGACUUCAUUGAACAAUUCAAUGAGAAGCUCCUGGUUAAGCAAGAAAAUGAGAAUCUGCAGAUUCUUGAUGUGAGGAAUUCAAAUCUCAUUGAAGUUAGCAGGACCGAGUUUAUGACACCUUCUGCAUUCAUCUUCCUCUAUGAGAACCACCUUUUCUUGACAUUCAGAAAUAGGACAGUGGCAGUCUGGAAUUUUCGUGGAGAGCUUGUCACCUCAUUUGAGGACCACCUACUGUGGCACCCAGAUUGUAAUACCAACAACAUUUACAUAACCAGCGACCAGGACCUGAUAAUCUCUUACUGCAAGGCUGAAGAUGGAUGCGACGAGGAGGGAGAAGUGCCUACUGUCGGUUCUAUCAACAUGAGCAACAUCCUUACUGGUAAGUGCAUCGCAAAGAUAUGUCCACUUGAUCCUGCACUCCAGAUCACGCCUCGCAAGCGAGGAGACAACAGCCGGUCUACCAUCCGGAGCACCAUCAGAGAAGCACUCGAGGAUGUCACUGCCCUCUUCUACGAUGAGGAUAGGAAUGAGAUCUACACCGGCAACAAGCAAGGUUUGAUCCACGUCUGGUCUAAUUAGUUAGAAUGCUCAAGUAUAUAUAUCUUUUUCUCCUGUUGUUUGUAGCUGUAAUAAUCUUACAUUUUAAACAGUUAAGCUUAUCGAUCUAUCUAUCUUAGUUUGUUUUAGAUAAAAAACAAUACUGGUUCUGUACUCCUGUAUAAUGUACUGCUGAAUGCUCAUUUCCAACUGAAUCUGAAGGCAACUUUUAUGUUU